AUGCCACACCAGUAUUUAAUCUCCAAGAAGUACACCGAUUCUGGGCAUCUUCACCGAGUUCAGAUCAAGGGAAAUACUCUGAAAUCCGAAUUUAAGAAACCUAGUCAGAAAAAAGACAUCUGCGUAAAAUCGAAGCACAGUCUUCCUGAUCUACCAUACGAUUACAAGGCACUUGAACCAAUAAUCUCUGCUGAAAUUAUGCAGCUCCAUCAUUCCAAGCAUCAUGCGACUUACGUUAACAAUUUGAAUAUUGCUGAGGAGAAAUUGAAGGAAGCUGUCGCGAAAGGAGAUGUCAACGCCCAAAUUGCCUUAGCACCUGCGAUUAAAUUCAACGGAGGAGGUCAUUUAAAUCAUUCAAUCUUCUGGUGUAAUUUGUCUCCAAAUAGCGGAAAACCUGAUGCCUCUCUCGUCAAGCAGAUCGAGAAAGAUUUCACAAGUCUCGAAGAAAUGAAGAAGCGUUUAUCUGAAGCGACUGUCGCGAUCCAGGGUUCAGGUUGGGGUUGGUUGGGUUACAAUCUGAAAGAAAAGAGACUUCAAAUAACAACCUGUGCUAAUCAGGAUCCGCUUCAAGCGACGACAGGCCUCGUACCUCUUUUCGGAAUCGAUGUCUGGGAACACGCCUAUUAUCUGCAGUACAAAAAUGUAAGGCCCGAUUAUGUGAAGGCAAUCUUUGACAUUGCAAACUGGUCCGAUAUCAAUGCUCGCUUUAAAACAGCAGCUGGCUGCUAAAUACUCGUAUCUAAAUAACCUCUGCAUUUUUAGUGUUUAAGCGAAGCUAUGAAGCAAAAAUUAAUCGAAAAAGCGUACUCUGAAUAGUACAAAAUGUUGCUAAUUUCUUUAUAAGAGUGCAAUAAGCAUUGUUAGUUUACUUAUUGCCUUAAGUUCUCUGUGAUUUUGUAUGCACUUUAUAAUUAUUUAGGCAUUCUCCGUGUAUAUCAGUAGUACGUAAAUGAAAUGGGAGAAUACAUGUUUU